AUGCUUGCGGGCUUCCGGCAGUAUGGGAACUUCCCACUCCCCGCGCGGGCUGACAUGAACGACGUAUUAGCCGCCCUCGCCCGCGAGGCCGGAUGGACUGUGGAGGCCGACGGGACAACGUACCGCUCUGCCAUCGCUGGCCCCGUGCCGUCCUCGGUGACGACUCCGCUGGCGCCGCUCCCCUCCACCCAACUGGUACCCGUCUCUUUUCUUCGUAUUUGUUUUGUCCCUGCAAAUGGGGAACGUUCUCACUUUCUAUUCUCUCCAGCCAGACAUCCAAUCAUCUAUGGAAGCCCUUGGCGAGCCGCUGACGCCAUAUGCUUUAGUCUCCGUUAUUCCACCAUGGUGCUUCUUUCUUUUCCACGAUGAUGCCUGUAUAGAGAGACAUUAGGAUCAAAUGUUAGCAUCCUUUGGAGCGGUAGGGUUUGUGCUUGCUCUUUGAGAAGAGUUAAUGAUAUAAAGUGGAGAAAGAUAGUUACUACAGGAAGCGUUCUUCGCCUUUCCCCCGCCCAGAUGAUGAUCUUGCUUCACUUGAUCUUCAUUUGACUCGCGAUUCCCUUGGAUUGUUCUUUUAUUGGACUGAGUUCCCGUCCAAAAAACCGAAUGGUAGAGAAAUAUGGAUGGAGGCUCUUUGAAUUCUGAUUUUCUUUUACCCGGAUGAAGUUUAACUUAUCUGUGUCGGUCGCAUUCUCCUUCCGUUCACGAUGCCGAUUCCUCCACAGAGUGCCCUUUUAAUCGGCUUUGUUUUCGCCUUCUUUUAUGUCCAUCAUGCUCCCACCGGCACCCUUGCGCUGGACAUACCGCAAGCCACCAUCUGUCUUUAGAGGAUAAUUACCUGAUAAUUGGGGGUUAAGAUUUCAGCAUUUUCUCUCUACUUUCAUUAUCCGGGAUCAAAAUAGCUGCCAUCCGGCUACUGAUUUCUCGAUUUUGAGGUCAGACAAGAGGAUGGCGGGGUAACAAUUGAGGUGAUUUUUUUUUCUCUCGGAGGAAAAAAUAGGUUGUGCUCGUGAAUAAGCCUGUAAACUCUUCUUAUCAUAUUUCUAAGUGAGCUCAAUUACAAAGCAUCCCUGAUCCUAUGUGUUCCUGAUUUAACCUUCUUAUGGAAAAAAAUGGACGACUACAAAUAAAUAGGCUGCAUUUGAAAUCAGUCCAUGAUUGUCGCCCAUAGUUGGUUCAGCUGUCCCAUGAUUCCUGGAUGGAGCCUUCUCAUAUUGGCCCUAGAUGGAGGCACCUUGUUUUGCCUGGCCUUAUCUGAACUCCAUUUUCUCUGAUCUAUCUGAGAUUCAUUUGCUUCGUUUCCUAGAACUCUCCUUCCCUCUCUAUCUCCCUCAUCAAAGCGUGCAUUAUUGAGUUGAUGAAUGAGCAUAUGACCAUAUUAGUUCCAUCCCACAAUUUGUAUUUCAGAGUCAGAAAUCGAUGGAAGAAAGGGAUUUUUUCUCCACACAUCCCCUCGACUCCUCCUGUUCUGUAAUCAGUCUCCAAGGAUCACCAUAGCUGCAGAUGAGACCACUUGGAUUGUGAGUCCCAGUCGUACCCAUUCCACUAGGCCUUUGUGGCCCCUCAUCUGGCUCAUGGGAUCCCAUGGUUACAUCAUCUAACCGUCAUCCUUCCCUGCAUAACUUGUCUGGUGAUGAUCUUGUCUGAUAUCAUGCCUCGUUAAAGUCCAUGUGUGAACUAUGCCUUUAUUGCGUGGAGGUAUGUUCAUUAUGUUAUUUCCUAUGGGCGUGGGAUUGCCAGAACGGUGGUCUAUAAAGCUUGCUAAAUACAUGGUUGCUUUGAUGGGACAGGUGGUGUACAUGUAUUCCAUAGUGGCAUAAGCCUUCUGAGGGAUAGGAUGCUUCAUCCUGGUAAUGAUGCUGGUAUUGUAAUGCACGAUUAUGAGAUUGAAAUCCGUUUCAGUGAAUCACACGUUUUGGUUCAUCUCUCAGUUCGAUCCGUUCUCUGGAUUUAUUGUUGGUUGACGACGGGCAAGGCAGAAGAUUUUGUAAUAUGAAUUUUUUUGUGCAGUGAGUAAAUAGUGAUAGUUUCAAGGAUUGAUUGGGUCAGCAUCCGUAACGUGUUCUUUGGUAACCCUCUCUUUGCGGCAGUGUGAUUGCUGACUUCCUUUCUUUUCUCUUCUUUUUUCUUUCUCUGAUGGUGCAGGCGCCAUUCCCCACCAGAUCUAUCGGAAGCCCAGUGUCUGCUGGUUCCCUGAAGAAUUCAUCAGUGAAGUCAUCUCUAGACUGCCAGGCACCUGUUCUGAUGAUCGACGAGUGUCUGUCGCCCACAUCCCUGGAUUCAGUGGUGGUUGCCGAAAGGGAUCCAAAGAGCGACAGGUAUAGAAACCCUGGUGCCGUCAACUCCUUGGACUGCGUUGAGGCUGAUCAGGUGGGAGCCCAUCCUUGCACUCGAUACUGUCGACCUUCCAAGAUGUUACACCCCCAUGGAUGCUUGUUUCUGCUUCCGUUACUCUUCUCUCUCAUGUGGCUCUUGUCUGGUUCCCGCUUCAGCUGAUGCAGGACGUUCAUCCGGGGGGGAACGAUGACGAUUUCUCAGGCACGCCAUACAUUCCAGUCUACUCGACACUCCCCGUAUGUGACUAACCAAUUCCCCAGAGUCUUCUAUUUGCAGUAAUCAUAUUUCGUCUGGCAUCUGAUUGGUGUAAUCUAGCAAAAAAUAGAUCAUGCGAUUACAUCUCACCUGGGCUUGGGCUGUCCAAGUUGAAUGCAUGUUGGUUUGUGGCAGACCGGUGUUGUGAACAGCUACUGCCAGCUGGUGGACCCAGAGGCGGUGAGGCAGCAGCUGAGGCACCUCAAGUCUCUGAAUGUGGAUGGAGUGGUCGUGGACUGCUGGUGGGGGAUUGUCGAAGGCUGGAGUCAGCAGAAGUACACCUGGGCCGGCUACAGGGACCUGUUCAAUAUCAUUCGAGAGUUUAAGAUGAAAUCCCAGGUGCCCUCUCCAAACCCAUUAGCUUCUCGUGGCGAUCAUCGAGUUUCACCGGCUAUGCGCGGCUUUUCUUAUGUUUUAUUUUCAUGUGGCACGGUUUUAGUAAAAUAAUUUAUUUAUAAUAAGUUUCUGCUCGAUUUGUGUUGGGAACUGCUAUACUUCCUCGGAUCAGACCCCAUGAACGGAAAAGGAGAUCGUUCCCUUUUGCCAUUGUGUAUUUAUUUGCUUGCUUCAUGUUCAACAUGUGAAGGUCGUGUUGGCUUUCCAUGAAUGCGGAGCAAGCGGGUCCGGGGAUGUGCCCAUCUCCCUGCCCAAAUGGGUCUUGGAGGUCGGCAAGGACAACCAGGACAUAUUCUUCACCGACCGCGGAGGGAGGAGAAACACAGAGUGCAUCUCAUGGGGCGUCGACAGGGAGCGAGUUCUGUGCGGAAGGACCGGCAUCGAGGUCUGCUCUUUACUUGCCCGUCUGCUCUCUGACUUCUUCUCGCCAGGAGAGGUCUAUUAUUUAAUUGUUGUUUUUUUAAUUCUUUCGGAACCUGAUUCUACACCAGAGAUGAAGAAAUGCUCUUUUCCUUACUGGAGAAAGUCCUUUUUUCUUCUUCUUUUUUUGUUUUGGUGUUUUCCGGGGCAAUCCGUGAAAUUCUCCUCCGAUGAAUCGUCAACAAUGGUGAUCAUAUGGUCUUAGGAUCCUAGAUCUGGGGAUCUCGUGUGUGGAUCAGGAAACUGGAUUUUUUUUCUCUGCGCAGGUGUAUUUUGACUUCAUGAGGAGUUUCCGCACGGAAUUCGAUGACCUCUUCGCGGAGGGUCUCAUCUCGGGCAUCGAGGUCGGGCUGGGCGCCUCUGGGGAGCUGAAGUUCCCCUCGUUUUCAGAGAGGAUGGGAUGGAGGUAUCCUGGUAUUGGUGAGUUCCAGGUAUCUCUCUGAAGUGAAUCCUUCCACCUCCCCCUCCCCCUCCCCAAAACCAUGAAUUUAUUUGCUCCUCCGAGCAUUCAAGGACCGGACAUCACCCUCAACAUUAUUAUGCAAAUGCUUCUACUUUGUACUCUUUUCUUUAUUUAUUUAUUUAUUUAUACAUGGAAGACCGGCCAUGUUGCCCCGUCGAUCUGCGGAGCACUCUGCCGGGCCGAGUAUACCAACUAGAUAACGUCGUCGGGUGCCCGACUUAGCAUUUGAUGAAUGGAAUGGAGCACAAGUGAAAACAGGAAGAAGAAGCCUGAUUCCUGGUUUCUCUAGUGCUACGACAGGUACCUGCAGCAGAGCCUGCGGCGGGCGGCAAAGGGACGGGGCCACGCCUUCUGGGCCCGGGGGCCCGACAAUGCCGGGCACUACAACUCGCAGCCGCAUGAGACGGGCUUCUUCUGCGAGCGAGGGGACUACGACAGCUACUACGGCAGGUUCUUCCUCCACUGGUACGCGCAGACCCUGGUCGCCCACGCCGACGCCGUCCUCUCCCUCGCCGCCCUCGUCUUCGAGGAGACCCUACUAAUCGUCAAGGUACGAGCUUAGCUCGAUCCCCAUAAUCGACAAAGAGCCGGCCUUUCGAUCUCCCUCCCUCCCUUUCUCUCUCUCUGAUUCUCAGUUUUUUCUCGGUUGUGGGGAGCAGAUACCGGCGGUGUUCUGGUGGUACAGGACGGCGAGCCAUGCGGCGGAGCUCACGGCGGGCUUCCACAACCCGACGAACCAGGACGGGUACUCCCCGCUCUUCGACGCGCUGAAGAAGCACUCUGCGGUGGUGAAGUUCGUCUGCCCCGGGGCGCCUCGGGAGGGCGACGGCGCAGCCGCCGACGCCGAGGGGCUGAGCUGGCAGGUGGAGAUCCUCUGUUUUUUCCUCCGCCGGAGGAGCCGCCGUUGACCUUGUGGGUGGGAUGGUGUCGGCCUUGGCAGGUUCUGAACGCCGCCUGGGACCGGGGGCUGACGGUGGCGGGUCAGAAUUCGGCGAGGGGCCACGACCUGGAGAGCCUGAGGAGAAUGCUAGAGACGGCGAAGCCGCGGAGCGACCCCGAUCGCCGCCACUUCGGCUUCUUCGUGUACCAGCAGCCGUCGACCUUCGCCCAGAGGGAGCUCUCACUCUCGGAGCUCCUCCAUUUCGUAAAGAACAUGCACGGUGAGUUAGCACCAUCGCUGACGCUGGUUCUGCAUCUCUCCCCCUCUCCAAUCUCGCAGUACGCUCUUGCCUACGCCUGUAUCUCACGAAAUCCCAACCUCGCCCACCUGCAGGUGAAUUGGGUGCCCACUAGGCACGGUUCCUGCUCCACCGCUGUGCUGGGCACCAAGGCGGUUAACGGUCCUGGUCUAGAAAUUGGUCCAGCUAACUUUCGCCAAGGGGCUGAGGGUCGAACCUUGUAUUAUUUAUUUCCUUCCACAUUUGAUCUUCCGAACCCAUUACGGAAUCGCAGGAUGGACGCAGAAAAUUAUCUCAGAUAUGUCAGCAGGAGGCCAGUUCCAUGGGGUUCUUUAAAUUCGAUCUUUCAGAGGUUUUCGGAGGGGGGGGGGAGGGCAGUCCGCCCGUUGUACAUCACCACGGCAGGGAGGUCCUGGCGGUGGGAAGACUCGCCGGGAACACGUCGGCGAUCUUCUUCUCUGGGAAGAGCUGCCAGGGGCACCUGAUAACGUCGGCGACGCGGAGGCGGCCGUCUGCCAUGUCCAUCUGGUCGAUGAGCGCUCGCUUGAUGUAGCCCGGCGGGGUCUCGGCGGCGCCGCUGAGGUACAUCUCGGAGGAGAGCUCGAACUUGAGGUCGGCGUCGGCGGUGCUGAUGGGCUGGUGCAGGUCGUCUUCCUGGAGGACGUCUCCGAUUCGGGUGAGGAUGCAGAAGGCCAGAUUCCCCAGAACUCUUGAGUAGGCCUCAACGAUCGCGUGCCCCACGUCCUGCGCAAAACCAGAGAUCUUCUUCAUCAUCAUUAUCAUUAUAAUCGUCAUUCUGCUUCCGCUCCAUUGUUAG